AUGGUAUUGCCUAGAGCGAGAGAGGUCGUUGUCACGGAUGGGAGAGCUUUUGGAGCGUUUGUGAAGGAUGUGCUGUGGAGGUACUUCUUUAGCACAUAUUCUUCCACUAAUCCUAUAAUCAUCAGCGGAAAGGAUCUUAAAGUCCCCUCCGAGCGCAUUCCCGCUGGCAUUUAUAUCUCGCAUGCCUCACCUGCAUUAUCAGUGGAGAUCUGGGCGUCUUAUGAGGUUGGCCGAAUGCUGGGCAACGGAGACGGUCAUUGGGAAACUUCAAACGGUCGUGGGAUGAGCUACUCGAUCAUGGAGAUGAACCCUUCAGUGAUUUUGUCCUUCCCACUCGUUCGUGAUAUCCACCCUUCCCUCACGCUGAAGGCCGCCACCGGACUUGCUUGCGACGAUCAGGAUGAUGCACUGUCUGAUACUGCGAGAUCGCUCGAGACACAAAUACGGGCACGCACAAUUUGCCGCAUACGUGACGAGCAAGGCAGUCCCUCACCUGAGCGACGCAGUGCAGCAUUUUCAGUUGGUUCUAGACCAGUGUCCUCAGCCCCUGACCACGCAACAGCCCUCACCAACCUUGCGUAUGCGCGCCUUAAAGGCGCUGACUUGGCACCCAACAAGAGAAGUACUGCUGCCGAUAUCCGCGAAGCCGCCAAACUCUAUCAUGAGCUACUACCUCUCUGUCCAGAGGGCACCUGCCUUCGGAGCGUCGCGGCAGGGGCAAAUGGUGCCGAUUAUGUGAUCAACGGAUGCAACAACCUUCCAAUAGAUGCAUCUGAUGAAGGCAUCCACCUUCGACGAGUCAUCCUCGAGCUCUGUCUUCUGGGCCAUCAACAGCGUCCCAGAGCACUUGACAAGCUUGCGUGGGUUCUCCAAUCACGCUUUCAACAACAUGGCAACAUUGAUUACCUUGACACGAGCAUACAACUUCGUCGUGACGCCGUGUCUCUGUGCCCCGAGGGACAUACUGGCCGUGCUUGCUACCUGAACAACUUGGCCUUCUCACUUGUGUCCCGCUUCCGGCACCAGGGCAAACCUAAUGGCCUCGAUGAGGUCAUCUCUUUGGACGAAGAAGCGCUGCGCCUGCGUCCUGUUGGGCACAAAUAUCGUGGUACCUCAUUGGACAACCUAGGGCUCGCCCUCGUCAGCCGUUUCCACAAACGUGGCAACAUUGAUGACAUCACCCGAGCUAUCAGCCUCUAUCGCGAGGCACUGACAUUAUUCCCACCUGGGCAUCCAUGUCGUGAUACCACGCUUAACAACCUUGCCUUCGCGCUCGACACCAGAUACGACAAAUUGCAUGUCAGCAAGGAUCUUAAGGAGGCCAUUGAUCUGUACCGCGAAUGCCUUCAGUCAGUGCGACAUGACCAUCCAGAGCGCCAUACAUAUCUUCAAAAUCCGGGCUUCGCGCUGUGCUUGCGCUUCAUGCGAACUCGGGAGAAUGAAGAUGUCGAGGAGGCCAUUCAGCUCUGCCAAGAAUCUUUGGCCGCUGUGUCUUUACUGCACCCGAGCAGGCAUUUCGGCUACAUGCGGCUGAAGGAUGCAUAUUUGUCUUGUUACCGGAUUCUACACGACCCUGCUGAUUUAUCCCUCGCAGUGGAGAACUUUAGACUGGCGUCGCAGCACCCAACUCAAGGAUAUCCACAACGCAUCAUUCAGGCAUAUAAUUGGACUGUUGUAGCAAAGCAUCACAUGGGCCGUGGCCAGCAAUGGUCGCUGGCCUCUCGACUCAAGACUCCAGUUGAAGACCUGGAGUCAGCAAAUCCAAAAUUAGCGCACGAUUAUUUGGACCUGAGCAGGCGCAUUUCUAAUGCCGCGCAGAGUUCUGCAACCAUCACCGACAGAGCUGCGCUGAUCGAGCAGAAACCGAGUACAGAAGACUUACAAGGCAAUGGGAAGCUGCGGGAGCCCCAUCAUGUUCCCUUACCGUCUGUCGCUCUCGUAGAUCUGAACAAUCUCAAGGAUCGCUUCGCCAGGGCGAUACGACACGCAUCUAGCAUGGGCCCAAAGGUGCCUCGCAACGAUCUAAUAGUCCUUUUGCGGACAGUAUGGGACCAGAUCAUGCUGCCCAUCGUCAACAUGAUGAAGAAGCGUGUUGCUCCAUCCUUUGUGACAAUCGGGCAAGGUCAACCGGGUGCAGGGAAAGGCAAGGCGCUCUUGGCUGUUGACAGCGAGCUCGAGCUUGUCCAUAAGCUCGUCCCUGCGACGGCCAACACCACUAUUUCUGGUGACGCAGCCACACGAAUAGGUGCACUCGAAGCUUUGGAACAGAACACCUGGUGCACCUCGCUUGCCAUGGCAAGCAGGACCCUACCUUACAAUUCCCACUUCGUCAUGAGAGAUGAACAUCUGACGUGCUUGAUAUCAUGGAGAAACAUAUUCCGCACGCAGUUCGCAUUCUUAUCCCUUGUCAUACCGCCGUCGGCGAUAAGGAGACGCCCGACGAAUUUUCGGGAUUCAAGAGUCAUUGGCACGCUGUGGGAGGUCGACGAUUCUGUCGCCAAACACGUUGUGAAAGCGUUCUACGAGAAUUUGUUCGCUGAUAUGGAGGAUGGUGGUGUCAUGGACUGCACGAAGGCGGCCUGGGCACUCAACCGUGCUACGCACGCUGUGAAGACGAAAGUGCCGCUUGAGCAGAGGAUGGUUUUUCAUUCAUAUCGCAAAUUCGUUCGUUGCUCGAUGACACCUUCAAGCGCCCAUGUUCUUUAA